AUGUCUUCUGGUGACCAUGUCGCCAUGACCAUGUUGGCGAUGGCGGAGACAUUGAGGCAACUACAACCUCCUAAGGUGAAGAUGGCUAUUAAGUGUGCAAAGGGAGCGCUGACACUCUCCUUAUCCGCAGAGAUGGCUGCGCAUGUGAAAUUCCAGCUAGGAAAGCUUUAUUUUUUCUACACAGAAAAUCUCGAGUUGGCUUUGCAAUAUUUGGACUCUGCUUACGAAAUGAUGACCAGGAUGGGGGAGUACUUCAUUCAACCGCGUUUAGAAGCCUUAGUUCUCAUAUGCGAAGCUCUUAUCCAUGGACCUUCUAAUGCUGCAAGCACUAAUCGUGUGCUUACACUGAUUCGUUCUGAAUUAGGAAAUGCGAAAGCUUUUCCAACUAUUUACGCAAAGUUGUUCUUUUCCUAUAUCGAAGUGAACACAAUCGAGGGUCGGGCUGAGGAUGCUAUGGAGGCUUGUCAGGUGGCAAUACAACAGUGCGCAGAUGAUCCUGUAGUUAAUCUCUAUUUCCGUCUCACUAAAAACAUGGUAUCUGCGAGAGUGUCGGGUACUGUUUGCGAUGAUUCGGAAACGGUAAUUAUAGGUCAGUUGAUCAACAGAUUGGAUCAGUCAUCACCAACCACUGCUAAUCUGAAGCUCUUCUAUAUUUGCACUCUUCUUGCUUUCAUGCUUGCUGAUGGAAAGACAAGAUCUUCGCGUCAGCAUCUUCGCACAUUGCAAUCUGAAGUACAAGCACUCAGCAAAGAUGGUGCGUGUAUACAAGUAGGAAUACGAUGGAUGGAUACCGUGCCGCUUACUGUCUUCGCAUGCCUGAUGACUAUUGUGAACUCCGCUUUGCAAUGCAAUUAUGAGAGAGCUGCCAAGUACUACACUAUUGCUAUGCGACAUAUUCAGGACUACAACGCCAGGGCUUCAAGGAAUCCAUGCGAAUAUGGGAUUCUCAGAAGUGUGCAGCGAAUGCGAAUGGCGUUGAACGAGAUGAUGGCGCAAUGCAACAUUAUGGCAUGUCAUCCCAGUAUGGCCAUGGAUAAUAUUCGUGACAUGGUGCAGUUCAGUCAGAGGCAUGGGUCAGAUUUAUUUGAAGAGUUUGGACCAGCUAUACAGUCUCUUCUGGGGCACUACUGCUGUUAUCUACGAGAGCCGGAAGCUGCUGAGAAGCAUUUUAUUGCCGCCUCAAAGUUCAAAUCGUGCAAGGAUAAAAACGUCUGGGUGAUGACUCAUGUCAACUUAGCCAUCACAUAUCUUGCUCAAUGCAAACACGCAGAAUUCUAUGAAAUUGCUGAUCAGUUGACACCAAAUCGGAUCUCGAGUUGUUCUUUGAUUGUUAGAAGUAAUGCUCAAUUUCUACACGCGUUCCAUGCAUAUCUCCUGAACAAAAUUCCAGAGUGCAGGACUUUGAUAGCAGAGUGCAUGGAAACUGCUAAAAUGGAGGAUCUCUUUAGACUCCAUGGAUUGUCGGUUUUGUUAUUCUCAGUAUUUGUUCCUGUUAAUGCUGAGGUUAUUCUUCCAACUCUUGAUUGGAGCAAAAAAGGCCAUGAUCAUUCGUUGCAUUGUUGGAGUAAUAACACAAUGGCCAGAGUGUUGGCUUCUCAUGGGAUAGACAACAGUGCAUACAUAGAAGCCGCUCGUAAGGAAAUGGCUCUUCUCGAUGAAGGUGUCAUACGAGCUGAACACCAGACGAAUCCUAGCGCAGCCCUGGUGCAGUGGUUCGAAGGCGACCCAACUGCAUUCCUCCCAAAAGACGACUAA